UUCGGGAAGUCAUUCGGCACUUAGUAGCCUCCAAAGCUUUUUGAAGGUGAAAUCUACAAUGCUGUGGCCACCAAGUUUUUUUACUGAAUAUCAAAGCGUCACACAAAGCUUUACACCGUAUGAGUUUGUUGCUGGCUAUUCACCACACGUAGAACAACUUUUUAUCGAGAUGUCAAUUUGUCAGAGAUCAGCUUCGGAGGCUAUUAAGUCACCAGAAGCCUCCAAAGCUCAAUUGUGCCCGCUGACCCCACCAAUGGCGGACAAAUGCCUUUCACAUCAGGACAAAGAGAAUGACGGACAACUCUCACAGGAAGUCACAGAAUGUGCCACAUCACACAACCUGAGAUCUCCUGAGAUUAAACACAACAUGACAGAACAUAGAAAAGAAAAGAAAAGAAAAGACAUUUGGAACCUGACAGUUGAUCUUUGUGGCAGUGCAAAGAAACCAUGUCACCCAGCAGUUCAGGGAGUCACAGAAUGUGCAACAUCACACAACCUGAGAUCUCCUGAGAUUAAACACAACAUGACAGAACAUGUAUUACAACAUCGGGGGGAUUUCAACAUCAAUCCGUUGCAGAGAGUUCCUAAAACGUUGAAGGGACCUGUGUUUAAACAUGGUCACACAAUGCUGAUGAAAAAAUCAACUCAUAUCACAAAAAAGUCAGAAACUUUGACUAAAAAUAUACUUUUAACUGAUGAUUUCAGAAAAAAAUAUUUGAAAAGAUAUACGGACACUGAAUUUAGUUCACUGUUUAUUAGUGCCAACGAUCUAAACAAAAACUUUUUUAAAAUUAAUGACUAUCUACUACAGCUUGCUUAUCGGUGGACAGUAAUAGGACUUUCCGAGACAUUUCUUAAAAAUUGUGAUCCGCCGGUGCAUCUUUGUGACUAUACUUUCAUUGGAGAUAACAGAGAAACAAAACCAGGUGGAGGGGUUGGGCUUUAUGUGCAUAAUCACAUCCAUUUCAAAGAAAGAAGAGAUCUUACAGUGCAAGUUGAAAAGAGUGAGACACCAUGUAAUUCGAUUUUUAUUGAAAUAACAGAAAUGAACAUUAUAAUUGGUGUAAUUUACAAACCACCCUCUGUCAAUUGCUAUAAAUUUGUAGAGUCUUUAGACAAAACUCUUACUCAGAUAAACCAAGACAACAAAGUAUCUUUUAUAAUGGGGGAUUUCAAUAUCAAUCUGUCCGAGGAAAAAACCAUUCAACAAAUGUUUAAGGAAACUCUACGUAAACACGAUCACACAACACUGAUCGAAAGACCAACUCGUAUCACAGAAACAUCGAAAACUUUGAUUGACAAUAUAAUUACAAAUGUGGCCCAUGCAAAAGUGCCAGUGGACACAACCAGUGGAGUUCUUGUCAGUGAUGUUUCAGAUCAUCUUCCAAUAUUCCAGGUGUCUACUUUUGAUGUAUCUUCUGAUCAUGAUGAAAAAUUGAAGCUUGACACACAAAUAUGUGAAAACGAACCACAGAAAACAGAUCUGAGCAAUGCCUCCGCACAUAAAAAACAAAUUAUGGAAGAGAAUGACCUCCCAUUUCGAAAGGACUUGUGGAACACAAACAAGAUCAAAAAAAAGAAUAAAGAAAAGGAGGAAUUAUAUUUGAACUAUUUGAAAAGUAGUAACCAAGAAGAUAAAGAAAAAUACGUCCAGAGUCGAAAUAAUCUUGAAAGAUGGAUAAGCAAGACUAAAAGUGAUAUUUACAUAAAUGAAUUGUGUCAUUAUGACAAAGUAUGGACAAUUACCAAUCAAAUGCAAAAGACCUUCAAAUCUGGCAAACCUUGUGCAUGCACCUCUGAAGAUGUCAUUCCACGUGAAAUAAUAUCUGUCUCUAACAGCCCAUAUCAAUCCACCAAUCAACCUGAUCACAGGACAAAAGGGGAUUCUGUAGAAACACUUCGGGAUGGCCUGCUCUUUACAUAUACAACAUUUAAAGAGAUUGAAAAACUAGUUGACCGGAUUAUCAAAGACAAUGCCCAUUUUGGUUUACAUGAAAUUUGUCCGCAACAGGCGAGAGAAGUCAUGACUGAUAUCAAUGUAUCUCAGCGCCUGAGCAAAAUUAUCAACCAAUUUUUAAGAGAAGGAAUUGCCCCCAAUUAUUCCAUCUCAAGUUCCUUAGACAUAGUUUCUAAGCAGGGGAAGGCCAUGGAAGAAUGCAUACCGUCAGGAUGUUCUGAUGAAAUUUUGGAAAGGAUUGUUUGUAAUAAAAUAAAGAAUUUCUUUGACAAAGGCAUAGUAAACCACAACAAUCCAUAUUUGUUUGAAACUGAAAAAGUAAAAAAAAUGGCAUACCUUCUUAACGAAGUACGAAAAGGUCUUCGCAACAAAAUCUCCCCUGUGGGUGUAUUCUUUUAUCUAAAGCAAUCAGGAUUAAACCAACAAAUCCUCUCAAAUAAAUUAAAGAAAUGUGGAAUGAGUGGAACUCUUUUAAACUUGAUUGUAAGUUAUUUUAAAAGUAAAUAUCAAAAUACCCAAAGCACAAUUACACAUAAUUCAUGCUUGCUAGACCUACUGUAUGCCAUUGUUAUGACUGAUAUCUCCAAUUUUCCUGUUAUUGUAAAUAAGAAUGAAAUAGUUGUAAUUUUUGUUGAUGAAAAGAAGUGGAAAAAAUCAACAAGGCAAAAAAAACAGAAAGAAGCCCGGGAAAAUCUUUACAAUCAAUUAGAAGAAAAUGGGCUUUCCAUAGACAGAUGUUGUUACAUACGGUUUAAAAAUGAGGAAAACAAUGUUAAACCUGUAAAAGACCAAACAGCACCAAAGGUAACCAAUGAGAAAAUCAAACGUGUUGACAAAACAACAUUCUGUGGGAGAAGUAUUGAUUCUGGCUUAAUCUUUCACAUUGGUGAUGAAAUGCAUGUUUGUGAAGAACAGAAAGUCAUUGAUGAGUGUAGAAAACAAGAUUUACUUCCUCCUGAAGUCCUCACUGCUGCACAACUUUGCAGCAUGAAAAGUCAAAACGUGGAAUCAGAUUAACCUAUAAAUUCUCACUCACAUUCAUUCAUUUAAAAAAAGGAGAUGAUCGUAUUGAAUGGUGUUGCAUGGUAUGUACCUGUGCAUGCAUGUUAUCAGGGGUAUUUAAAAAAUUUUUAUUGAAAAGAAUUUUAUAAACAAUAAGUAACUACUCUUUCCUAGUAUUUUGGAUACCUAUGAUAAUAUUUUUUAGAUAUUUAAAAUUCAUGCAUGGCUUAAGCUUAUAAAUGCAUGAAGCUCCAAUAAUGUUUGUAUUCUGUAGUUUUUAUGGUAUUUUAUAGUGUAGUUUUUAUUGUGAACCCACUUGUCCUGGGUAUGACAUCUAGUGCAUCUAGUGGCAAGGCUUUGGAGUUAUGAAGUUUUGGGGAGUGUGGAACCACCCCUUAAUUGCCAUUGUUCCCAGGUCCGCCCUGGCUCGGAGCGGUAGCACCUGUUUGAGCCCCAACUAUGGGUCAAAUAGAAUUCCAUCUUUUUAGUUCUCAUGCCUGGAGCCAGAGGCUAGGACAAGAACAGUCUGAUGUAAAAUAUAUGACCCAAACACCUCACUGCAAAAUUCCAGCUUGCUUAGGCCAUAAUGAUGAGCCCCAGGUGUGAAUGGUCAAGCUCGUUUGCCACAUAUUGGCCUCAUCAGCCACCAGGCAAAGGUGCAACAGAUGUGAACAACCUGUCUUAAAUCUUUGUGCUUCGUUCUUUAUGAAGCUAAGCCAUUAUGAUUAUUAUGUAGUUUUAAUGGUAAUUACACAGUUUAUUUACAUUGGCUUAAUGUUAUAUAUUCCAAAGUUAAAUCUCACAAAAGAUUUUUAUGUAAAAUGCAAUUUGCGAAAACAAAACAUUACAAAGGUAACCAUUUUUUGUUAUUAUUGAUAAGAGUGAACCAUUAUCAUUAUAGAUAUUAUUGACUGUUUAAGUUUUUAGAAUAAAAAUGUUUAAAGAAAAACACUCCAUUAAUUCUUUUCUUCAAAAAGGACAAAGAAUUGUACUGAGCAAAGCAAUGCAGAAGUACUCGGUGGAAUACCUGAACAUAUCAGAAUAUAUCGAAUUUAUUACUGUUA